AUGGAGGAAGAUGUUCAUCAUGAUUUGAUAUUAAAUCGUCUUGAUUUACUUGUUUAUUUGGAUUGUGUUGUCAAAGAAAUUUUACGUUUUUCUCCACCUUUGGAUGGAGGGGCUCGAACAUUAACUAUGAAUGAUCGAUUACCAAACAGUGGUAUUCAAUUACUAAUGCAACAUGUUACAUCCAUCGAUGGUGGUCUCGAAGUGAAUGUUGGUGGACAUAUUCAAGGCUUGACACUGUCAUGCCAAAAUAUAUUGGCGUUAAAAUUAAGUUUGAUUCUGAAAUUUAAAUAA